AUGAAUGAAAGAAGGCAGAGGCGGCAGGCGACCCUUCAAAGCCAAGACGUGGAAAAUUCAACAAACUCGCGGCGACCUUCGCCAAAGUACUCCAAGACAGGUUCAGGGGCGUUCUCGACGCCAGUGGUUCGCCUUUCCAAGUGGCCCAAGAACGUUUUCUUCGCGAGCGACUUCAUCGCCGACAAGGCGGCAGCUGCCGCAUGUCGCAAGCGUAGCACGGGUAAGUCGUCACGCGGGGGGGCCGCACCUAGGUGCCGACGGAAUGCCGGCGAAGGCAAAACGAUGGGGCGUGGUUCGCGGGCCAUGGGGGAGGAAGCACCCGUGACUCGGAUGAAGGAAAACAGCAGUACCACCGUAUUCCGUACCUCCGGUGGUGGGGGGGCGUUUCAACAGCACAGCGUACGAAGCUCCGUGGACGGCGAAGCAAGGAGGGAUGCCAGUGUUGCUGGUGACGAAGAAGCCUUCUUUCUCGAAGAGUCUGCCUCUGCGCUCUUGCUCUUGCACUCACGUUUCUUCGGCGGAGCGAGGCACGAGGAAGACGUCGUGUGUAGCCUGUGCACGCUGUGCAGAGAGGCCGGGUGGAUGGGAAAUCCUUUGGGGGUAUGUCCUGGCCUGGACCCUCUUGCUGUGGAAGAAAUCGUGAUGGAACGGUUGAGAAGAAACCACCACACCGACGUGGCGUGGAAACGCCAUAGCAACAACAGCGGGGGAAGCAGUAGACCUGCAAAACACUACACGGAUGACGGCUUCUCGUUCGAAGAUUUCUAUCAAACUCUGGCCGAUGUGGCCGGUCUGGUGUACCCACGAGAGGCUCAAGAAGAGCGAAGACGCGCUAAGCCGGGCAGGGCGAUGUACAGGCUGCUCACGGAAGGUGUACUUCCUCUGGCCGAAGACAACCAACCACGCCACUGGUCGCCAAGAUCCGAGAUGCUCUUUGGCCGCCCUGCCCUGGCAGCCCUGCGCAUGCAACGAGACACGCUACACGAGCUCUACUGCAUCUACAACAAGGAUACAAGAGCAAGGGACGGAGCCAGCGGGUUGAACCGUAACCAAUUCCUCAAGAUGCUGACGGAUUUAGGCGUCUCCCCGGUGUCUGUCACCGAACAACACGCGGCGUCGGUCUUCGACGACAUCAUUCGCAACGGUCUACCGGUCACCGGACCGUCGAGUGACGGAAGACAUUCUUGGGGGGAAGGAGCUAUCCACGAGGCCAGUGACCGCGGGGACUAUUGCUUGAUGGGGGGCGAAAGAAACAAUGGGGUGUCCUCUUCGUCGAGGAAGCCUGGGGGUGGUCGAUUGUGCUGGAGUUUGUUUCUGGAAGCGAUGGCGGCGCUGGCCGUGGGGGCAGUCAAGAACGGACAAAGCGUAUCGCCCAGGAGGCGCCGGAACGGUCCGGCUUCACGGCCCGUGCUUGCUCGCCCAGAGGAGGAGGAGUUCAGGGCUUCGGCAGAAACAUCAGGAGGAGUUCGUGGAAGAUCACCGGUGUCUUCGGGAUCAAUUUGGGAAAGAUCGCCGACGACCUCGGCGGCAGGCGCUAUUCUUCAAGUCGUAGCUGCUGACGGGCGAGAAGAAGUGGUGGCCGGCAGCGGGCAGUCCGAUGCCGGACCAGGGAGGCGAACAUCUUCCGCGACGUCAUCCGUGGUGUCUGCCGGGCCCAAGGCCAAAGGCGGCGCGAGCUCGAGCGAAGAGGCUUCAGGCGACUCACGAAGCCGACUAAGUGUGAUCGCAACCGCCGACAGCGCCAAGGGAAGCUGCGACAAGCUAGCCGACGUCCAGGCGGCCACGGUGAACGUUAACGUUCCGUCUCCGAACAAGCUGGUCAACACCAAGGACGUUGCUGCGCUGUCGCCGGCGCCUUGCCACGGUGGCUCGCCCUCUCUUGAGGUAUCGGCCGCCUCGGGGGGGUGCAGUGCACCGACCUGCCGUGUUGCUGCGGACCUGGGUCUACCAUCACCCGAUGUGGAACAGGGAGGGGGCACCGCUGAUGUGAUCCUUCGCCCAGACCCGGGAAAACAUUCAGCUCACCAUGUUGCUCCUCGAGGAAGGUUGUGUGCGGGUGUGGGCGGCGCUGAAGGCUCGUACUGCAGUGCGGCUAGAAUCGAAAGUACGGUAGGUCGGGGUGGCGGCGAAAAUAGCAAGGCGCUACAACGAGGAAUUGACACACACGAUGAUCGGUUGAAGAGCGUGGGUCGGGCAGCCCGUGCGGACCACAUCACGAUGGACUUCGAGGCGGCCGGCUGCUCCGUCGGGCUAUUCGAGGAACUGCUCGAGCCAAGGGUUGUCGCCACCUACUCGAGGCACCAAAAAGAGCUAUUGGUAUUGUUCCAGCGGUAUAGAACCCGCUUCGGUGGCGAACAAAGCAGGCUGCCGUUGUCCUGCGGCGAAGAAACAUCCGGAUGUGUCAAUGAACCGGGGAUAUGGCGGUUUGUCAGCGACUUCCCGGUGCUCAGGCGAUGGGUGCAAGGGGACAAUAUCCUACUCCUGAUUGUACGAGCCUCGCUUCAACGUGGGCGGCAGCGUUGCGGCAAGGAACAUGCAGGAAAUGCUGUCGGACUGAGCUACUUCGGCUUCCUCGAGGUGUUGACCAGGAUGGCAUAUGCUAUUGGCGGCCAGCAACCGCUGCACGAUAAGCUCCUGGAUUUGAUCCACGCCCUCAGAAGCGAGGACCCAGAAGGCAUAUUGACCUAG